ACACGUCAACCAGAGAACAUGAUGCCUCUUUGCAAGUCAACUCGUGUGCUCUGUAGCUGAUAGAGGCACCUCAGGCUGAAAUAUUAGAGCUCUAUUGUAUUGAAGAACGUGGUGUGACUGCCCCCGGGCUCAGCAAAUGGCCUGCUUCGUAUCGCCGCACUGACGGAAAGUGUCGCCACAUUGGCCGUUGAAGCUGGCAGGGCGACACACACAACAACUUUGUCUAUUUUAAUGGACACGCUUCGAGCGGCGGCGGCAGCGGCGGCGGCGGGCGGUUUGUUUUCCUUUCGUCUUUAUCUGUAGCGGCUCAAGCCAGCCUGUGUGUGAGAACCCCCCCGUGUGUCCCUGCUCGGCUACCUCAUACCCUUCCACUAGCAGCCCCAUUUAGAACAGCAUGGUCAUGGCUGACAGUGUCCAAAAACCGCUGAUCCGAGGUCCGGUCCGAGUGGGUUUUUACGACAUCGAACGCACUUUAGGAAAGGGCAAUUUUGCCGUGGUGAAGCUGGCCCGACACCGCAUAACCAAGACCGAGGUGGCCAUUAAGAUCAUUGACAAGACCCAGUUGGAUGCGGUCAACCUGGAGAAGAUCUACAGAGAAGUUCAGAUCAUGAAGAUGCUGGACCACCCGCACAUCAUCAAGCUGUACCAGGUGAUGGAGACAAAGAACAUGCUUUACCUAGUCACGGAGUAUGCCAAGAAUGGGGAGAUCUUUGACUACCUGGCAAAGCACGGCCGUCUCAGUGAACUGGAGGCCAGGAGGAAGUUCUGGCAGAUCCUAUCGGCGGUGGAGUACUGCCACAAUCGUAACAUCGUCCACCGGGAUCUGAAGGCCGAGAAUCUGCUGCUAGACGGCCACAUGAACAUCAAGAUAGCAGACUUUGGAUUCGGGAACUUCUUCCAGCCUGGGGAGCCUCUGGCCACGUGGUGCGGCAGCCCGCCAUACGCUGCUCCUGAAGUCUUCGAGGGCCAACAGUAUGAGGGCCCACAGCUGGACAUCUGGAGUAUGGGGGUGGUGCUGUAUGUUCUGGUGUGCGGUGCAUUGCCCUUUGAUGGGCCCACUCUUCCUGUGCUCCGACAGAGGGUCCUAGAAGGAAGGUUUCGCAUCCCCUACUUCAUGACAGAAGACUGUGAGCACCUGAUCCGCAGGAUGUUGGUCCUAGACCCGUCAAAACGCUUGUCUGUGGCCCAGAUUAAGGAGCACAAAUGGAUGGCUCUGGACGUUCCAGUGCAGAGGCCUGUCCUGUACCAACAGUCUGCAUCUGCAGAAGGCGAGGUGGGGGUGGGAGAAUACAGUGAACAGGUCCUUCGCCUGAUGCACAGCCUCGGCAUUGACCAGCACAAAACUAUAGAGUCUCUGCAGAACAAAAGCUACAACCACUUUGCUGCUAUCUACUACUUGCUGGUGGAGCGGCUCAAGGCCCAUCGCUGCAGCUUCCCCGUCGAACAGAGGCUCGACGCCCGCCAACGAAGGCCCAGCACCAUUGCUGAACAGACCGUCGUCAAGUCGUCCAGCAGUUCAGCCCAGGUGGGUUUGCUCCCUCAGGGCGUUCGUCUGCUGCGCUCCCCUGCUGUGCCCCAAGCCUCUUCCGAUGCUUUCACCUUCCCACAGACUGCCUGUCCCCUGGAGCAGAAUUUCAUGGUAGAGGACGUCAACACACCCAAAGUGAAUGGCUGCCUGCUAGACCCCCUGCCUCCCACCACUGUCCUGCGCAAGUCCUCCACCUCAUCACCUAGCAACAUGAUGGAGACGUCAAUCGAUGAGGGCAUUGAGACAGAGGAGCCCGACACAGAGGACGACCCACCCCACCUGCUCUCAGCCUACCAGACGGCUCGUUUCGGCCAGCGGAGACACACCCUGUCUGAGGUCACAAACCAGCCAGGGCCUUCAAACCAAGGUAAAUUAUUCCCUCUAGGCCACAACCCCUCCAUGGGCAGUAUGGACUCGGACAUGGGCUACGAUAUGGGCUCCAUGCACAGUGACCUUGGUCUGUUGGAGGACCCCCCAUGUCUCAGUGAAGUGGUCCCAGCUACCAGCUCUACCCCCGGAGUCACCCCAUCGCCCUUCCUAAGCGCCCGGCCCGCCAAUCCAGCAAUGGCCGCUCUGACUUCCCAGCACAGGGAGGCGCACAACCGCUCCCCGAUCAGCUUCAGAGAAGGACGCCGUGCCUCAGACACCUCACUCACUCAAGGUCUGGUUGCCUUUCGGCAGCACCUCCAAAAUUUGGCGAGGACUAAAGGCAUACUGGAGCUGAACAAAGUCCAGAUGCUUGUGGAGCAGAUGGGCUCUGGUGAAGGGGCUGCCAUGGGCCCCCUGGGACCACAGCACCACUUGCACAAUCUCCUGGAGGGUGAGGCGUCCAAGCAGCAGGAGGGCCUUGCUUUAUACCAAGGUGGACCCCAGCCACCUCUACUGUCCCGCAGACAGAGUUUGGAGACACAGUACCUCACUCAUAGGCUUCAGAAGGCCAGUGUCUUGGCCAACAGCCCUGCUAGCUGUCAACUUUUCUGUAAGGAGGCUCCUCGAAGUUUAGAGCAACAGCUGCAGGAACACAGGCUGAACCAGAAGAGGAUGUACCUGCAGCAGUCGCAGGGUGUGGGUCUGCAGGCGUACUUCAACCAGAUGCAGAUAGCUGAAUCCUACCCUACAGGUGGCCCUGCGCUGGAUCCAGCAGCGCCACAGAGUUCCCCUCAGGGCCCCCCCAUGACCACCACCCAUCAGCCGCAGCCCCAGCAGCAGGGCAGCCCCCAGGCCUCUCCCCCUUUCAGCCACCCACAUAGCCUGAGCCCACUCAUGGAGCCGGGUGAGGCCCUGGUGUACGACCCCUACAUGAGCCACCAUCACUACGCCCAGCACCUGUCGCCUACAUCCCACCUCCACCACCAGCUCCACCACCCGCAGCCUAGUGAAGCCUACAGCUACCCCAUUGGAUGUGAGCAGCAGGGCCUAGGACCCUCUGCUGAGCCUGUUCUCCCAGACCAGUAUGAGUUCCCCCUGGACCCCAGCUUGCUGCCCAUUUCUGUCCCCGUCGAGGUUGAAGCCAGAGCCGCCGCUGGGGUUUUGCCUGUUCCUGGGCGGCCCGAGGGCCUGGUCCUGCCUGAGCUCCAGGGUUCCCUCCUGGAUAGCGAGAUGAUGGAGACCGUGGACUCCCAGCACGGCUUUGUACUGGUCAACUGAAGGGGCUGAUGGAAAACAGUAUUAAGCAAUGAGAACCUACACAGCAUUAAGAGCGGAGAGAAUGGAGAUGUAAGCGGAGGUCACAAGUGUAGCAACAGGGAAGGAAAAGUGUUAAUUUUUGUACGACUAAUACAAACUCCAUUUCGUAGUUGUGAUGAACCUCGGAAAAUCUUUGUACCAAAAUCCUCCCUUAGCCUACCUCCCUCUCUCCUUCUCCUCCUCUGUUCUCGUUCUCAGCAGCUCAGUGUGGCAGGAACAGGUCCGAUAUGUGGCACAAUGCGAGGCUUCGCCGGGCUGACUAGGCGAGGCUGCUGUUGUCAUGGACGUUGUGUCACCUGUGAGAUGAUGAGCGCUUCAGGACUGCAUCGUGCAGCCUGAGGGGGGAGGGAAUGCUGCACAUCCUGGCAGCAUUUCAACUAGAAAUGGUUUGGAAGUGGACUAAUUUAGGACUGACUGACUAGCAACCAAAAGCACAAUGGCUGGCAGUGCUUUUUAUAUUUAAAAUAGGACACCAUCAACAACAAUAGACUGGUUCUUGAAACACUUCUGUGCAUUUUUUAUUUCAGUCAAUGGGGGAAAAAAAA